AUGGAACAAAAUACCAACACAUUUGAUCCUAAUGAUGAACUAACACCUAAGUUUGCUGAUAUAGCUCUUAAAGCCAUUGAAGACAUUUCUGAUGAGCUUCAUGAGAUAAGCAUAAAGAUCCACGAAAAUCCUGAAGUGGCUUACGAAGAAAAAUAUGCACAUAAAUUAUUAGUUAAUUAUAUGCAAGAAAAAGGGUUUAAAGUAACACCCAGCGCUUUUGGUUUAGAAACUGCAUUUGUAGCAGAGUUUCAAUCGGAGGCCGGAAAAGACCGUGUUGUUUCAAUUAAUUCAGAGUAUGAUGCUUUACCAGACAUUGGUCAUGCUUGUGGACAUAAUCUUAUUGCAAUCAGCGGAGUAGGUGCUGUGAUUGGUCUCAAAGCAGUUCUUGAGAAAUUUGAGAUUAAAGGAACUGUAAAGUUACUUGGAACCCCCGCAGAAGAACAGGCUAGCGGAAAAGUCGAAUUAAUUAAAGCAGGUGCAUACGAUGGAGUUGAUAUUUCACUAAUGGUUCAUCCAAGUAUAUAUAAUGGAGGUUUUGUAAAGUUUUUAUCGGUCCAGACCGCAAAUAUCGAAUAUUUUGGAAAACCUGCACAUGCCGCAGUUUUAGCCUAUAAUAAUAUUGGAUUGUUAAGACAACAAAUUCUUCCUACAAACAGAAUUCAUGGAAUAAUUAAUAAUGGAGGAAAAUCAGCUAACGUUAUUCUUGAAUAUACAUCUGGAACUUUCCUUAUUCGUGGAAAUACAGUGAAAGAUGUAAAAGAGCUUCAGCCACGUGUGCACAAGUGCUUUGAAGCAGCUGCAGAAGCGACUGGGUGCAAAGCGAAAAUUACAUGGUCAAAUGAAGUUUAUGAUGUGAAUAUAAAUGAACCUCUUUCCGCGCGUUACGAAUACUAUCUUUCAAAAAAAUUUGAUAUUAAAUUUUCUCCAAAAGAUGUUCAAUCUACCUUCCCUAGCGCAUCCACUGAUCAGGGAAAUGUAACUUAUUUGGUACCUGGAUUUCAUGCAGUGUAUGACAUUCGUACAUCUAUUAAUACUGUUAAUCAUCAAAGAGAAUUUUGCUCAGAAUGUAAAACAAAAAUUGCUCAUGAAGAAACUAUAAAAGCUACGAGCGGUAUGGCUUUAGUUGGAUUAGACUUUUUAAUUGAUGAUGAAUUUGCUAAACAAGUCACCGAUUUUUUUGCUAAAUCUAAAUCAUAA